UUAUAAUCCGAUGGAUUUUAAGCACUGCAAAAUUAGGAAUUUAUGAUGAUCUAUUCCCGCCAGGACUUGACACGAGGACCGGUGAAGGUGCUGCAAUGGCGCCACCUGCUCAGUUCUCUUCAAUGGAUUCAAUCCUUUAGCCGUUUAGCGCUUACGUGCGCAGUGUUCAUUUUCCAUUUCUGGUACCGGUGGAAGCUUCCACAGUUCCACGGUACACCGUUUAGUAUAAAAGGCAAUCUAUUGAGAACACCAGUUUGGUGAUCGAUCAACGAGAUUAGUAAAAGGAGAAAAAAAUGGAGCCUCAAUCACAGUCUUCAACAUUUCUAGGGUUCUCCGUUCUUCCUAUUUCGAUAUUUUCGGUUUUGGUCGGGGGUUCUCUCGUUCUUCUUUUCUUCGGUGAUUACUUCCGGAAGAAAAGAUCCGAAGUUCAAACUAUCGCAAACCCUGAACCCACUGCGGCUCAGAUUCCUUUAAAGUCUCCUCAGUCAACACCCAGGAAACUGCGCUCGAAAUCUCACUCUCAUGCCACCGAAAAGGAUCAAAUCAAACGUCAUCAUCCACUGGAUGCAAAUACUCUGAAAGGUCAUGGUGAUUCAGUUACAGGGCUAUGCUUCUCAUCCGAUGGCCGGAACUUGGCGACUGUUUGUGCAGAUGGAGUGGUGAGGGUGUUUAAAUUGGAUGAUGUUUCAAGUAAAAGCUUCAAGUUUUUGAGAAUCAACUUGCCUGCUGGAAGUCAUCCGACAGCAGUUGUCUUUUCUGAUGGGGUAUCAGAUUUGGUCGUUGCUGCUCAAAGUCUAUCUGGUUCUUCUUUAUAUAUGUAUGGAGAAGCAAAUACCAAAACUACUAGUGAAACUAAGCAGCAACCCAAGCUUCCCCUCCCAGAGAUCAAGUGGGAACACCACAAAGUCCAUGAUAAAAGGGCUAUCCUGACUUUGGUUGGAACUUCUGCAAGUUAUGGUACCGCUGAUGGGAGUGCUAUUAUUGCUUCAUGUUCAGAAGGUACCGAUAUUAUAAUUUGGCAUGGAAAGAAUGGGAAGAUCUUGGGGAAUGUUGACACAAACCAGCUCAAAAAUAACAUGGCUACUAUAUCUCCAAAUGGGCGUUUUAUUGCUGCUGCAGCAUUUACUGCAGAUGUGAAGGUGUGGGAGAUUAUAUAUUCAAAGGAUGGGUCAGUUAUGGAGGUUCUGAAUGUAAUGCAGCUCAAGGGACAUAAGAGUGCUGUAACUUGGUUAUGCUUUGCUCCAAAUUCAGAGCAGAUUAUUACAGCAUCAAAAGAUGGCUCAAUUAGAGUGUGGAAUAUCAAUGUUCGCUAUCAUCUUGACGAGGACCCAAAGACUUUGAAAGUGUUUCCAAUUCCACUUCGUGAUUCAAGUGGCUCCACUUUGCAUUAUGACCGCCUGAGUAUCUCACCUGACGGAAGGAUAUUGGCAGCCACCCAUGGUUCUAUGUUGCAGUGGUUGUGUGCUGAAACUGGAAAGGUCUUGGAUACUGCUGAUAAGGCACACGAUGGUGACAUCACAGGUAUUGCAUGGGCACCAAAGAGUAUACCAAUGGGGGGGACAUCUUUUACCAUAUUAGCCACAGCUGGUGUUGACAAGAAAGUGAAGCUUUGGGUAUCUCCAUCACUCCAUCCAUCAUGAAGGAAAUUGAUGCAUUGCAAUCAAUGGUCAGCAAGAAGCAAUCUAGAGAUUUAGUAGAGAAGUGUCUCAGCAUAUGCUUCGUGAGGUUUUGUCCUGAUCUUGCCUGAGUUUCAGUAGUGAUAUGUGCUGUAGUUUUAGGGGAAUUGUUAAUGAGUAGAAGUCAAUAGUAGAAUCAUUUUUAUCUGAUGAUUGACUUCAAAAAAGCUGUAUGCCUUGAAAUUAAUUAACAAGGUUAUAUACAUUCUUCAAGGGUGUCGUUAUUCUUGGCAAUUGUCAAUAUCCUCGUUUAUUCUGAAUUGACAUUCCCGUUGCCCAUUGGGAGUCCUUGGUUCUUGAUAAAUUUGAACCUCAAGGGCCUUUUAGAAACGUUGUUUCGCCUAGAACUUCAAUCUAUUGACACGCGUAGUUAAGGCUGAAUGGCUGAUUAAUAUUUUAUUCUGUGUAGUGCCCACAUUUGUCUUGGAAAGAUAGAGGAAAUUAAUAGCCAAUAUUAUUGCUGACCU